AAACCUAAGUACUGUAGUUUUUUUUGUUCUUUUCACUUACGUUUUUGACUUAAUGAGUUCUAAUACUGUAUACUCCUUUAUCUUCCAAUAACUUCUCCUUUCCCUCAAAAAAACUAAACGGUUGAAAUUCUCAAUCAAAAUUGCUUUUUGUUGAUGAAGAAUGAUAUGAAAUUCAGCAAACGUGGGCUAUAUUGAGGUUAAAGAAGAUCAAAACGAGCAGAAAUCGGGUUGUAUUUGUUUUUGCUUCGGUUGCUACUACUUAAGCUUAUCCUUAAUUACCAGUCUCUUAGUGUUCAUCGAAGCUUCUCAAUCUGAGGUCAAGAAGGCUUUCUGACGCCUUGCUUUGCAGGCAGCAGGAAUUUGAAAAGUCGGUUAUAGGAAAAGUUGUUCGCGCAUAAGCAACAAAAGAAAAGCAGUGUGAAAACACUAAUAAGGGUGAACCAAGUCUAAAGAUUGUAUAAUUGGUUGUUUUCAUCUCUUCUAGUUGUACCUGUGGCCAUAUCAAAAGACAAAUGAUACUUGUUGAAGCAAGUCUUGGGGCUGUUAUUACAAUAGGCCUUGCGGCUAACCAUCUAAAAGCACUAAGAAUUUUGUCGCAAUAUCAAGUGUUCAGUGAGAACUACUGCUAUCCCGGCCUAUACAGAAUAGUCAAAUUUGUGAAGCAGGCAAAAUAAACAAAAUCGUCAAAAUUUGAAGGGGGUAAUGUGACAGCGGCGUAUAAGGGACUAAGGGAGACAUGUUUGGUGGCAGAAGCAGUAGCAGUUGGGUCCGUCAUUCAGUUCGUCUCUUUAAAUUUCAGCAUGCAACAUCAACACGACCAUUUUGCAAUUCCACCGCUUCAAACAACAAAUUGAAGCAUCCGCCUUCUGACUCUGAUGGUAGCAGCAGCAUUAAUUAUUUAAGAGACUUGGACAACCUUAAUUUCACCAAGGCUGCUAAGAUCCUUUUCUCCACUCCUCACAAGAAGAAGAAUUUUGGGCUCGAUUUCCAUCUGGUGCAGCUCUUUUUUGCCCUCAUGCCAUCACUGGCUGUUUAUCUCGUGGCUCAAUAUGCUCGUUAUGAUAUGAGAAAAAUGGAGGCGGAGCUGGAACUGAAAAAGAAAGCAGAGGAAGAACAAAAGGCAAAAGAGAUGGAAGCUGCUGCUGCAGAGGAAAAAGAAGCAGAGUCUACAAGUCCGGAGCUUUUAAAGGUCAAAGAGAGGUUAGAAGCACUCGAGGAAACUUUGAAGGAAAUUGUGGUGGAAACAAAGAAACGACCAAGUGAGGAAAAGAGCAAAAAUGCUGAUCAAUAUCAAGAGAGAGUAGGUCCUAAGAACAGAUCAGAUGAUAGCCAUACUCCUGACAAAAAAAAAACCACAACCCAGGAGGCAGCAUCACAAGAGCCACAGAAGCAAUGCGAUAGCGAAAAGAAAGGGUCUCAGGAAGAUGAUAAAAAGUGAGUUAAACAUUUUUAAAAGGCUAGUUUCUUGCUGCAAGUUUUUUGAACACACAUCCUGUUCGUCGUGCUGAGAGUUUGUCCCCCCGACCCCUCAGCCGGGAAGUACAAAGCAGUUGCCAGUAUGUGUUUUACACCUGUUAACAUAUUGAUGGUGGAAUAAUCAAAUCAAUCAAAAAUUUAUUAGUGAUAUAAAAUUAUAGUUAUGCUUAUGCUUGGUCUUAAUUUUCUUUCAUAUUCUGUAACAGGAAUCAACAUAGGGAUCCUACUGUGUAACAGCUUAAAUUGCAUUCUGCAGGAAUCUGAACAGAGAAGCUUACCCAAAAUUAAUCAACAAAUGGUUACCCUGGCCUUAUUUUCCCCUUA